CUAUAACUUUUGACAUUGACAACAUAAAUGUUGGCUAUUCAUUGUCAAAUGCGUUUUUGAAAAAUUGUUAGUAUAAAUUGGAUCCAUGAGAACAUAAAAUAAUUAAGAAUAGCAAGCAAUUAUAUAUAAUGGAUGCUUGUAGUCUUAUGAAUAAAAAAAAAGAACAAUCGGUUCUGUACGCUUUAUUUCCGGAAAUGAGUAACCUAUGUUGUGCAAUUUGCGAAAUUGAUUUUGUUGAAAUUCAUGAUUCAUCGGCAAAAUCAAAUUUUCAUUGGCAAACAAUGAAAUGCCGAUUACUCAUUCAUUUAAUAUCUGACGUUAUUGCUUCACCAGUAAUGGGUACAGAAAGAUAUAUAUUUGUUAUAACUCAUAAACAAUUUUCUGAAACUGGUAGAUUGGAACAAAUUUUGAGAAAUUUUAAACUAGUGUAUCAAGGAUUAAGAUCAGUUACUGCAGAAGUCUAUAAAAGUUGUCUUAGGUAUACGAUACAAACUAAGAUAGCUCCUUUGUGGAAUAAAGUUGAUGAUUAUUUUGUUCAAGGAAAAAAUUUUUAUAACUUUAUAGAAGGAACUAGAGCAUUAAAAUUAGAUAUACUUAUAGAGGAAAGGAAAAUGUGUUUGCAACUUCAUGCAGAAAUACUUAAAAUUCCAUAUAUAAAACUUGAAGACUAUCUUUCACCAUCUAUUAUAUCACAUUUUUUAGCAGACCCUAAAGGAUACGUUGAUUUAUCUCGUUAUAAUCUUCCAUUUGUACAUGUAUUACCAAGUACAAAAAAAGGCAAACUAUUAUCUGUAUCUAAAGAACUUCCAGCAAAAUGUGCCUUUAAAGAUUAUGACCAAUUACGUAGACACUGGAAAAAUAUGGUAUAAAUGACAAUACCUAUGUUUAUUCAUCUUGCAAUUUACUUUCAAAUAUAUUUUUGUAUAUAUAUAUAUAUAUAUAUAUAUAGAUAUGUAUGUAUGUAUGUGUGUGUAAAACAUUUUAGUAUGGAUAUUAUUUACCAAAAAAUAGAGAUGGAAUUUUAUUUUAUGAAAUUAAAUUUUUGAUUUCCAAAUCUAAGGUUUUUACAUAUCCUCAUAUGUGUGUAGCAAGUAGUCCAUUAGAAAUUAUUCCAAAUAGAGAAAAAGAAUCUACAAUUAUACAUUUUUUAUCUGAUAUGUUUAUGAAAUUACCUGAAGUUUGUGGUAAACGGCUACAGAUAUCCAAAGAUAAUCCAUUUGAUACAAAAUCUUUAAAUAUAAGAUCAAAUACUGCAUUGCCAAAGGACAGACGAUUAAGUACAUAUCUUAAGGAAAAGGGUAAUAUUAUCUCACAAUUAGAAUUUUCUGAUAAAUAUAUAGAUGGAUUGACAAAACAUGUAGAUACUGCUACAUUAUUAACAACACAAUUAACUAAAAUUCAUCAAAUUCAUAACGUACAAUUUCAUGAAUAUAUGAGAGCAAAAUUAAACGACAACGAUGUGAAAGAAAAUAAAAGUGGUAUUCAAUGUUUAAAUACUAUGCAAAAUUCAUCUAUACAAAAUGUAGAAAAUAAUUUUAUCACAGUUGAUACCUCAAGAAACCCAAAUUUUACUGUAUCAAAGGAAAGAACAAUUUCUACAUACUUUAAAAUUCAAAACAUGAAUUCUUAUGCUAAGACAAAAGAGCAAUCGCAGGAAGAAGAUCAAAGACAAAAACAUUUAACGCUAAAGGAGAAACUAUCAAAAGCUAAAUCUGAUAAAGAUGGCAGCUUAUCUUUACUAGAUCAAAACAAUAUUGUGGAGACAAUGGCAAAACUAAGUCAGUUAGAUCAAUUGGAGUAUAGCGAAUUGAGUGAUUGGCUAAAAGAGCGUUCAAUUCCACAUAAUUCUAAAGCAAAAAAAAAUGUACUUAUUAAUAAAGCAUUAUCGCACAUCAAGAAUACCACAAUUUUACAGCCAUUUCGUAUGUAAAUGUAUCAUAUGUGUUCUUAAGUGUACUAAGUUAGUAUAAAAAAUAAUACCAAUAUGCUAUAACAUAACAUAUUAUAUUUUUACAUUCAUACAUUAGAGCAGCUUUAGUAUAUAACAAAUAAAAUAAUAAUACAUAGUUAGAUAUAAUUAAUAAAAGAUAAAAAAUUCUUUUUGUACCACUGAUUUUUUAUGAACUAUUUAUCACAAUUUACAUAGCUUUUCUGUCAGCUUCAUUUUUUAUACCAAUCUCAAUUAGUUCAUUAGUUCAUUUCAUUAGUUAAAGUCAUAAACAAAUCAAUGUCAACCUGAAAUAAGUUUACAAUAUUAAUUUAUAAUAAAUAUAAUAUUUUAUACAUGUAACAACAUAUUUACUUCUUGAACGAGGAAUUUAGGUAUUGACCUAAUCCGUAAUGUUUUAGUAAAAUAAACACUUUUGCUUCUUCUGAAUUUAAAAUCAUUCCUCUUGGAGGUGUCCUGUAACGUGGUGGUGAUGGUGUAUUUUCCCUAAAUACAUUUUCAUCCUUCAUAUUUGGAAGAACAUUUUGUUGGCGCAAUAGACUAAAUUGAGGCACAUAUUCAAGAAUAGCAUCAACAUCUUCUUUGUGUUGAAUAUUUAAAUCUUGUGGCUGAAUGGACUGUAACACUUUGCAAACAAUAUAGCUAAAUUAAAAUAUCAUAUUUACUUUGUAUAUAAUAUAGAGCAAUAACUAAGAUACCUCUGCAUAGGUAGUUCGCUUACAUUCUUUCUACUUUUUGAACAAGUUAGCAUUGCUUCAUCUUCAUCUUCAUUUACAAACCAUUGUUUCUCCUUUGUUUCAUCUUUGAUAUUCAAAAUUAAUUUCCUCAUUAUGUUCAUUUUGUGUAAAAUAUAAAUUUGAAGAAGUAGGUAGCAGUUUGUUCAGAUUUCAAGUCAAGGUGAUUGGAAGUAAACUACUCUGAACACUUUCUCAAUGAUUUGUCUCUAAACUUAAUGCACAGGGUUUUAAAAGUUCCUUGCUUUAACAUUCUCUAUCGUGUCAGAAGCUUCGUCUUCAAGAGUAAUAGUUUUCUCUGUUAAGGCCUUAACGAAGACCUGUAUGGUUCAUGGUCUGGGGAAAAAAGGUUAUAUUAAUAUACAAUAUCGUGCUGCGAUAGUACAUGCUAAAAUAAACAUUUUGUAAGGAAUAACUUUAUAUUUUUUUAAUUUAUAAAAACAUUAAUCAGCUCAAAUUUUGUUAAACAAAAUGAUGGCAUCACAGCAGAGUAUCGGUUAUUGGAAAACUCAUCUAAUAUUUUUUACAUAAAUAUGGAAGAAUCAGCUGUUAUGCUUACAUUUCUUGAAAUAAUUUAUAGAAUAGGGUAGAUAGUUGCACACAAGUCACUCUAAAUUCUUUUGAUAAAACAAUAUAGCAAAGCCUUCGAAGGAUAAUUCACAAUAGAGUAUGUCAAAUAAUGUAUAACAUGUGCAUUUGAUGCCAUUUAUUGGUGUACACGAUAAUUGCGUAGUUCAGUAAAGCCAGUAAAGGAUGCACUUAGACUAAAUCUCAUAAUUUUUCACCAUUUCUUUAAAUUAAGUGCAUAUCUGUUAAAAUUAAUUAAAUAUUACAUAAUAUGUUUCCUAGGAAAGCUGUUGAAAAAUUUGAAAAAGGUUGCAAACGUUUAAGAAUACCUAUAACCUUCCUUUGUUAAGUACGUGGGAGAAAAUAUUUAUAUCGUCUUUCGCAAAAUAAAUGCGAAUCAAAUGAACAGCGAGAUUAUUGAACUGUGGAAAUAAAAAAGAAUCGAAAUAAUGAAAACGAAAACAGAGAAAGUUAUUACAUAGAAUUAUUAUAUUAUUGCAUAGAAAAUCAUUGAAAAAUGUUCAGAGUAAUCUUUAUAUAUUAAUUUAUAAUAAACCCUUGAAUUUUUCGAUAUACGACUCUUUUAAUCGCAAGUUGUUUUCUUGGACCUUAUCGUUUUUCAGAUGCUGUUUAAAGCUGUUAUUACAUUGGUUUGGGUUUUGAAAUUCAAUUGAUUCAUACAGAUUAUCCUGUUGUAUCCUGUGUACUUCAUUGUACUGUGUACUUCACACCUGUGUAUCCUGUGUACUUCAACACCUUGUACAGCCAUUUACACACAGCGAAAACUCAGAUAAAAAAGACGUGA